UAAUUUUACUGUAAAAUGCUCAUACUACUGUUGUCUGUUGCAAUUUUUCAGAAAGUUUUCUCAACUGAAAAAUAUUCAGUUGAAUCAAGACAGGCUAUGACUUCACUUAUUUAGAUUUUUUUAAGUUCUAAAUAAAAAAUACUUAAAAUAUUUCUGUAAGAAAAGUUACCCUUACAAAAGAAUGGUAAUCUUUGAGCUGCCUCAUGUAUAGCUGCUGGAAAAUAUGAUUAAAUGUAAAUGAAGCACAAGUUGUGGAAUAGCAACUCCUGUCAGGUCUUGAGGUAUUUGUGUUGCUUUGAAUUCACUCCCGGUUUGAAUACUGGGAGUGUGUUGGGUUCAAAUGUGUUGAAUUCACAGUGUUUGGCUGAAUCAAGAUGUCACUUUUACCAUGGUGUCACCUAUUUGGGGAUUUUUAAAUUUAACGUUCAAGUGACCAUCUGGUAAUGACAUUUCCAUGAUCUUUAAGAGCACUUAAGCAGGAAGAUAGUUCUUAAAUUAAUUGGAUAAUUGAAAAGUAGCUCAUGCCGUUAGUUUUUUGAUUUCAGUUUCAAGCAUUCGGCGUGCUGAAGUGAGUGAAUCUUUAUUAGUACAGACAGAGCAUUUGCAUAGAUUUUUAUAACAUUAAUCAAUGUUACAUUUGGGUGCCAAUGAGUGAGAUGCCACUCACCCUACAAAACAAGAUGAAGUUCAAAAUAUGUAAAGAAAAAAAAAGCAACAAAAAUAACUAAAGGGCAACUGGCUCCAGCUGGAGCAGCUGGUUUCGGCUUGGUACUGGUGCUUGACAAUGUGAUAAUGUUUUUGGAUGGUAAAAACAGCAGGGAACCUAAACUGCCUUUAAAAAAGAUGUGGGGAUGUCCUCCAAGUCUUCCCCCAAAUUACUUUUGUGAUUGUUUACCAAAAGCAGUGUAUCAUUCCAAACUAUUGAAAGCAAGACGGAUAUGUUCUACUACUCAGAGUACUGCAUUCCUUUCAGAAACUGAUGCUGAUUCUUCAGAUCUGAACUUGAUGAAUCAGCAGUUUCAGAUCGUCAGUCUGCUCUGACUGCUGCUUCUUCAGCAGUUUUCAGCUGACCUGUUGAAGUCCCACCAUUCAUGCAAUACAUGCUAACUUUGCAAAUCCAUAGUUGUACCAAAAAUAUUUGUAUUGAGUGCUGAAAACAUUACACUACAGAAGGCUCCAGUCUAAGAUUUACUGCAUUGUGGUGAAAGGAAAGAUCCACAACUGCACUCUUUUAUGGUUUUUCCUUAUUUUAUCUCAGAAAACUAUGUCCUCAAACUCUUUUUCCUUUAUCAGGGGUUUCAUCCUUUGAGUUUGCAUUUCAAUCUUUGAGGUUUCAUACCUUCUGCAAUAUUUUCCCCUUUCUUCUGUAAAAACAAAGUCAGAAAUUCCACACCCUAUACCUUAUAAUAUCUUGUAUUUAAUCAUUUACCGCAGUUUUCUACAACUCUUAUUCAGAUUUUCUGUUCUGCAGUUCUCAGUUUAGUCCUGUUUGAUCUAGUUUUUUGUGACCCGUUGGAUAAUUGUUUCUGUUUUGCUGUGAACAUCUCAACUCUGCCUGGACUUUAGCUUCUUCCCAGGUUGUUUGUGAUUUGUGACCUUUCAGUUCAGCAGAGGACACAAAUUGAAUCCAAAUAGAAAAAAAAAAUGGAAAUGAGCACUUGGGAUCUCUGCAGGGGCAGUAAGGUUUUAAAAAGAGAAAAAGAUGAAUUAAAAUUAAAACUUGAAGCCUGCAUAAUAACCACUAAGACGUCCAUGACAAUUCUAGAUUGUGAUUUAUUCUCAAAUUGAGAGUGGAAUUUCACUUCUUGGUCUAUUCACAACAACUUUCUUCUGCAGUGUUCAACUCCAUCUUUGUAGAAUAAAGACAUUUUCACCACUGCUUACAGUAGAAUUGGUGUGUGUAUGUCAGUCUGUGUAGAAAUGGUACAGCAGUCAUGUGACAUCUUUUCAGGCAGUGAGAUGUUUAAACUGGUGAACUGUCACAAGAACAGAAAUAUUUUUUUCUAUCAGCAGAAAGUGACAGGCAAAUGGAAGCAUGUAGACUCACACACAGGUGAAAAUGCAUAACAAAAAGAAAUAAGACUGUACAGUAAAGGCAAAUUUACAACUUUUAAAAUUGAAGAAAUAGCAUCCUUCAGAUCGUCCUGCAGAGUUCACCUGAGGUAAGUUGAGGUGAUUGAGCGUGAGUUAGAAAUAAAUCCACUUGCUUUAAUUUUGCAGAAACAUCCAUAAUAGAUUGUUAGAAGAGAUAUACAAAAGUCUCUUGUCUGAUAAAGGCGAAGUAGGUCUUUUUUGGCCUAUAUUCCAAGCUUUAUGGUUUGAGAAAAAACAGCCACUGCUCAGGACCUGACUAACACCAUCACUGUAAAGUAUGGUGGUGGCAGCAUGAUGCUGUGGGUAUGGACCUCUACCCCUUGCUACUUGUCAUUAAAGUGACAGAGGACAAAUAUAGAGACAUUUCUCAAGAAAAACUAUGAUAGCUUGUAUCUUCAUCUGCAGAGAAAAUGGUAGAAAAUUUCCCAAAACCGUGUAAGGCUUGUAGAGACAUACGAAGGCCUUAGGUUGCUACUGCUGCCAAUGCUUUAGUCCCUGUCCACAUGGAAACAUUUUAAGAAAUGAAAAUGUUUUCUGCCAUAUCUCCAUAUUGAAACGGUGAUUUAGAAGACCCUAUUUUUUUAAAAUCAUGUUCCAGGUGAAUCAUGUUCACCUUUGCAUAUUCGUGUGAACAACAAAAACGUUUAUUUUGUUAAAACCUCACCAAAAGCUUAACUUGCCUUGGAUUAAAGUCCUUUUGUGUGCUUCCUGGUCCAUGUUAUUCAAAACAUAUCUCAUAAAAACGAUUUACAGAACAGCUAAAGUGCUAAGAUGUGCCAAGAAAGUACUCUCUCUUUAAACAAUGUUCACACUACAGUGAGCAAAUCAUCAGAAGUAAGCUUGUUAAAUAGUGUGCAACCAUUUCCCACAGGAGACAUUAGAAAACCAUCUAGAAUCUUUGAAGAAGCAAAGGGAUGCUGUGAAACACAGACUGAAGAAACUGGCAGCCCGUCAAUCAGAAAUCACUAAAAAGUCUGCAGCGGUAAGAGAGAAUGUAGCGAUGAAGUAUCAGGAGAUCCACAUGGUUCUGGAGGAAGACCUGCGGCUCACCUUGUCCCACCUGGAGAUGGAGGAGAGGGCUGCCAUCUCUGCCUUGGAUGGACUAAUGGAGAGAAACUGUGCUCUGAUCCAGGAAAUAGAGCAGGACUUGGCCAGACUUUCUUUAGUUUUGGAGCACUAUGACACAGAACCUGAUUCUAUGUCGUUUGUUUUACAUGCUGAACUGGACGACACAGAGACAGCAGAUAGAGUGUUGGAUGUCCUCAACCAAUCAGAUCCCAGCUGUGUGAGCCUUGAUGAAGCUAAAGCUAGCCAGAUCCUCAGCCUCACCAACAGCAUGCUGCUCCUUGUCUGCUCGCAGACUCCAUUAAUGAAGAAGCUCCUGAAAAGCUAUUCCAGUGAGGUGCACCUGGACCCAGAAACGGCCCACCCAAAGUUGGUCAUCUCCCCUAAAUGUGACAGCGUCUCCUACACAGACGCCUGGCAGAAACUCCCUGACCAACCAGGACGGUUCGACACCACCCUCAACGUCAUCAGUCUGCAGGGCUUCAGCUUUGGCCGCCAUUACUGGGAAAUUGAUGUGACUGGGAAGACAUACUGGGAGCUUGGUGUUACUUAUCCCACCAUUCCUCGCAAAGGUGUAUCUGAGGAGUGCUGGCUGGGUCGAGGCGCCGUGUCCUGGUGUGUGGAGUUCUUUGAUGGGGAAUACACGGCAUGGCAUGGAGGGGUCCCUCACCAGCUGCCUUUUACGAAACGUUUCUGUCGAAUUGGUGUUAUGUGCAGCUUUCCUGGCGGGCUGGUGACGUUUUUAGAGGCAGACAAAAUGACGCCACUGUUCUCAUUCUGUGCUGGAACCUUCUCUGAGUGCCUCCACCUGGCCCUGUGUCCUGGUCACAACCACAGCGGCACCAAUUCAAGUCCUAUUGUAAUCUGUAAUGCAUCGUCUCCUACAAGUGACCUGUAGCUGCAUAAGAACAUAUAGGCCUAAUAAGAACAUGACUUACAAAUAUGACCCUGAGCAGCAUAGGAUUUGGGGUCCCAUUUACAUUGUAGUCCACCAAUCACAACAGCACCAAUCAUGUGUCUUUUAAGCUGUUCAAACUUAAGACAAAAAUUAAAUAGAUAAUAAAUUUUUGUUUUUGAUUUGA